UGAACAAACAUGAUGACGCUCGUCGACAUUUUUAGCAACAGCGAACCUAGUGAUCUGUAAACUGCGGCCAUUUUUACGCUGUCGGUUUUACUUUAGGUGUUUGUUAGACAAGGCAAUUCUAUUUGGGUCAACGGGAAGAAAUUCUCUGCUUUCUUGACUGGCUUGUUCGCCAGUCGAAGUUGUUUUUUAAAAUGGACCCAACAAGCCGAUACCAAGUGCUGCAUAACGAGGAGGACUCCUCUGAGGCCUCCGGCAGUGAGUUACAGCCCUGUGCCACCCCCCAGGCUGGACCGUCGCAGGACCAAAGCCAGACACAAAGCAACGUGCUACCCGCACCUUCACCUGCAGAAAAUGAGGGGGCAGAUGCGUCGCCACCACCUUAUGCCUGUAUUGAAUUGGGUGCAACUGCAGCAGUGCAAGAGACUAGUUUCCAAACUGACUUCCCCGUGCCGCCACCUUAUAGCGUGGCCACUUCGUUGCCCACAUACGAUGAAGCAGAAAAAGCAAAAGCUACCGCCAUGGCAGCUUCUGUUGAGGAGGUGAUGUCACGGGAGGAUGAAUUUCUUCCCAGAGAGGAUUUCAGUGAUGCUGAACAACUGCGAGUUGGGAAUGACGGAAUCUUCAUGCUGGCCUUUUUCAUGGCCUUUCUGUUCAACUGGAUUGGCUUUUGUUUGUCCUUCUGUUUGACCAACACCAUUGCAGGGCGCUACGGUGCCAUUUCUGGCUUUGGCCUCUCCCUCAUCAAGUGGAUUCUCAUUGUCAGGUUCUCUGACUACUUCACUGGCUACUUUAAUGGUCAGUACUGGCUGUGGUGGAUCUUCCUUUUGCUUGGUGUCUUGCUGUUAUUCAGAGGUUUUGUCAACUAUCUAAAAGUUCGCAACAUGACAGACAACAUGGCCUCCUCACACAGAACACGUCUCUUCUUCUUGUAAUAAGGGGUUCUGCCCCAUCGCCAUUCCAUUUCAUUGAGAUGCCCGACAACCACCAUCCACCCUCGAAUGAUCUGCCAGGCCAUCGCUCAAGUGAAGAGGAAGAAGGGCAGCAAAAUAAAUGCAGGGAUAUAGACAUAGUUGAAUGCAUAGUAAAUAGGAUUUAAUUUUCUCCAUGUGAGUGAGUUGUGCCAGGCAGCCAAUGAACGAUUUUGAUCAAGUCUUACUCCAUCCAGGAUGUUGCACUGUUACCUCCGGUGGGACUGCCUACAUCCUUAUAAAAAGUCACUUUUACUUUGAUCAAAUUAAACAAUUUAUAAAUGCAUGUAGGAUCAGGUUACAUAUCCUAUGGUAUGGUGGCUCACCAUUGAGGGCUGAACAUUAAGGAGAUCUUUGUCAGCAGCCAGUGUAAUUAGAAACGAAUCCUUUUAUUCUUAGGUGAACAAAAUAGUAUGUUUGAGCCAAAUGGUCAACGGUAUGAACUUCAGGAUUUUAUUCCUGCCCUAUGCAGCACCAGCCAGAUAAUAAUACUGGACGAGGGCUACUCUCACUGCUGUCAUUUUGACAGUGAAAAGAAAAAUAUCUGACCGUCGGCUGUGUUUGUGAGUGAUCAUCGAGCAGUGAAGAAAGGGGUGGAAAAGAAAGCUUCUGAGCCACAUUGUGCUCUAGGAGAACAAGUAAGCCAUGGCCAGAAAGCAAGUUUUAUAAGUCCUAUGCAAUAUAGUUAUUUUCUGUUACCUGCAGUAAUUGCUGUGGAUUAUGAAGUUCUGGUAACGAUUGUUUAACAAUUUACGAGUUUGGCAAUACAACUAAAAAUGUGACUUGCCAACUUGGCAUGCAUUUAACACAAAUGUUUAUAUGAACAGCCGUUCUUUACAUGGAAGUGAUUUGUGGCGAUGGGAACACCCUGAAUGACAUGGACACCAAAUAUUGGCAAAUUUGUACGAGUAAAACAGAUGCCAUUGUUCAGCGGAUUCAGUACAAGUGACAAGAAGACCUGAGCCUGAUUGGACAAAGUAAACGUCAACCUGAAAAUGAAAUGUAAAUACAUACCAGCUUAAUACCAACUCAUAUUUGCACUUUGAACUUCUGUACAGUAGAAUAUGCGUCUGCUUAACUCGAUGUGGUGGUGGAGCGGUUUAAAAAUUAAACCUGCUUUCCAUGUUUUUCAACUUGAAAUCUUAAUCAUGUGAAAAAUACUGCUGUUUUGUUUUUCAGUUUUCUUAAGCACUUUUUACUUUUCACACUGAUUCUUUUCUUUUGUCAUCUGAACUGUGACUGUAGUAUUGCCUAAUCUUUUCUUAAUCGCCUUUUUCCCCCUUAAGUCUUUUUCGGCAAUAUUCAAAUUUGUUGCAUGAUUUUUGUGCUUGAAUAAUUAGCAGGGAUAUCAGGAAUCCACACUUUAUUUACAAAGCCUUGAACCAGUACAAAGAAAAAAUGAUACAAUUUGUUAUUGCUUUAGCUCAUGUAAUGUCUUUUAUUGUAACUGGAAUUAAUUGAUGUAUUGGAAAAUGGCCAAUAAAGUUCGAAGACGUACAAA